AAACCCCAUAGUUCCCAUACCUUGCGCACUUCGUCAAAGUACUGUCACUAAAACAAUAGUUUAAGAAAGUUAUGACCUAGACAUGAUAGGAAUUUAACGAUCGACAUUAGUUUAAUCUCAGACCCCCAUGUCUUUUCUUGCUUCCUCCAUUAGCCGAAGAUCCAAUCCCUCAGCAUGAUGGCCUCUUCUAAGAACAAGUACAUACUCGUUGCCAUGACGACGACGAUAAUUUUUCUGAUCGAUCCGAUACUAAUAUCGUCGUUCUCAACGUCGGAAGCAUUUGAUGAAUUCUACCCGGAAGAAAGAGAGGCUCUAAUAAAGUUGAGAGACUCAGUGAGUUCAAACUCAUCCGACUUGCAUUCAAAUUGGACCGGCCCUCCUUGCAGCUACAUUAAUAGCAGCACAUGGUCUGGUAUUUCUUGUUCAAAUUGGCACGUAGUUCACCUUGUCCUUGAAGAAACUCAGCUAGCAGCUACUAUAUCACCAGAUGGCCCUCUUCCACCCACAUUUCUACAGAAUCUGACUCUCCUGAGCAAACUUAGCUUUAGAAACAACACCUUCUCCGGCCCUCUUCCAAACCUAUCAAAUCUUGUGAACCUGGAAUUUGUAGAUUUCUCAUACAACUGUUUCUGGGGUUCCAUACCUUUCGAGUAUGCUACUGAUCUGCCAAAGCUGGAAGUGCUAGAGUUGCAAGAGAAUUCCUUAGACGGGACAAUCCCGUCUUUCGACCAAUUUACACUAAGAGCUUUUAAUGUUUCUCAUAAUCAUCUCGAGGGUCCAAUUCCUAACACUAGUGUGCUGCAGAAGUUCCCGAAAAGCUCUUACGAUCACAACGCAAAUCUUUGUGGCAGUCCUCUGGGGAUUUCUUGUUCUCCUUCUCCUUCUCCACAUUCCCGGCAUAAAAAUUCAGAAAAUGAUCGCCUCCCUCUCUCUUUGAUUGUGGCGGCGGCAGCAGUGGUUCCUUUUCUCGUUAUAUUUGCUUUCUUAUGUUAUUAUAAGAAAGUGCAUGGAAAAGACCAAACGACGUCAACAGAUCAGGAUGAGCAUACAGAGUGGGUAGUAGCACAAAACAAAGUGCGUGAUGAUGAUCAUUUGGAUGAGAGGUUGGGGGAUUUUGAAAAGAGGGUUCAGCUGGAAUUUUUCGACAAGGACUUGCCCGCCGAGGCAUUUUUCGAUUUGGAUGAUUUACUUGGGGCUUCAGCGGAAGUAUUGGGAAGGGGGAAGCUGGGCACUUCAUACAAAGUAACACUAGAAUCGGGCCCUGUCGUGGUGGUGAAGAGGCUUAGAAGCAUGAACGAGUUGAGCAAAAAGGAAUUUGUCCAGCAAAUGCAAUUGCUAGGGCAGAUGCGACACGAAAACCUUCUAGAGAUUCUCUCUUUCUAUUAUACUAAGGAGGAGAAGCUCCUCAUCUAUAAGUUUGUCCCUGGUGCCGCUACUUUGUUUGAGCUUUUACAUGGGAAUAGAGGAGUUGGAAGAGAACCUUUGACUUGGGCAACAAGACUAUCAAUCAUCAAAGGCAUAGUACAUGGUCUGAUAUUCCUACACCAAUCCUUGCGUUCACAUAAAGUUCCUCAUGCCAACCUUAAAUCGUCAAAUGUACUAGUUGCCCUAGACGGAAACUACAAUGUGAAGCUUGCGAAUUUCGGAUUCUUGCCACUCCUACCUGCUCGAGAAUGCUCCCAAAAUGGUAUUCUAGCAAUUGGCAAGUCGCCGGAGUUGGCUCAGGCAAAGAAGCUGUCACAGAAAGCCGACGUCUAUUGCUUUGGCAUUGUCCUACUGGAGGUCAUUACCGGAAAGAUCCCAGGCGAAGUCUCACCGGGAAGCGAUGAAAGACUUGAUGAUCUUUCCGAUUGGGUUAGAAUGGUGGUAAACAAUGAUUGGUCCACAGAUAUUCUGGAUAUAGAAAUGCUGGCAGUAAAAGAUGAUCACAAUGACAUGUUGAAGCUGACCAACAUUGCCCUAGAGUGUACAGACAUCUCCCCAGAGAAUCGGCCUAAAAUGAUUCAAGUAUUGAAAAGCAUUCAAGAAAUAGAGAGCAGUUCAAGAUAAUCUGAUUGCUAGGGGAAAGUUUGAUCUUAUACU